AUGUAUGUGGCCAACUCGCCGUCUCUGAUUGCGGCGGCGAUGCGCCACGGCGACAUCUCCUUUGAGCCCUUCCAGAUCGAGGCCUCGGCGGUGGUUUUAGAUCUUCCGCCGCACCACAAGGACAAGUUCCUGCAACCGGGAGUCCUCGGCCACGUGGAGAAGACAAUGGCCUCCAAUCUCAGACUGGACCCGCUGCAGAAGAUGAAUUUUGCCGCCUUGGAGCACCUGGCCGGGAAGUUGAACGACAUCGAUGCCACGAGUGCUCUUAGUAUAUCCGAUGGCUAUGCUUGGAUCAAGGGCGUCUUGUCCAUGGCCACCACUACGGCUCUGUAUGGGAAGGGGAACAUGUGGGACGCCGAGAAGCUCGAGGAUCUAUGGUGA